AUGGCUGGUGACUUUAACUGCGUGUCAACGACUUGGGAUGACUAUGAGCAUGGCGAGUCGUCGACGGCGAUAUCACUGCGGGAUACCGCAUCUCAGAUCGGCCUCGAGUGGGCACGACCUUCUAACCAUGGACCAACGAGGAUCAGUCCUAAUCCAAACCAGAGAUCCAAUGUUCUGGAUCUUGUAUUCUUAGCCCCAUCUGAGAUCUUAAUCUCGAUGCCCAGAUUGGAGCACGAUCUCCAGGGUCCGUCAGAUCAUGUCCCGAUCUGCACAGACCUUGAUAUCGGUCCCGAACCGCCCGGAUCUGGGCGACGGACAAUUAAACCCGGAAGCGAGGCUGAAAAGUCUCUCAUUUCGGACAUCCUCCGGGAUCUUGCGGCUAUUCCUGUCGCAGCCCCGGCAACCAAGGAAGGCGUUGAAGCUUUAGCCGAUGCUAUCGCGACAGCGUUCUCGGACGCGUGGCUUGCCCACUCGACCGAGUCCAAACCUACCAAGCGCUCCAAGUCCUGGUGGACGGAUGAGUGCUCGGAGACAUUCGGAGUAUAUCAGUUGAGCCGCUCACUGGCUGAUUACAACAAGUUUAAGAAGGCGUGUAAGGACGCCAAACGUGACUUCUUCGACGAACGCAUCGCGGAGAUCGCUACUUCUCGCAAGCGCCCGUGGGACCUAAUGGAAUGGGUCAAACAGCGCAAGCUACCACCCUGUGAGGCUAUUCGCAAUGGCGACCAGCCUUGCCAUGAUAUGGACGACCUCUGGGACGCCCUCCACGGCACUUACAACUCGGCCUCUGGUCGCGAGUACGAUGCCUCAGUCUUAGACGAGCUUCCCGACGAGCCGGUCCGCGAGUGGGCUGACUUCUCGGAGCAUGAGUUGUUGAGUGCCCUUAAGGGGUGCUCCAACUCCUCUGCACCAGGACCGGACCAUGUUACAUGGGUCCACCUAAAGGAGCUGCUCAAGGACAAACACGUCCUUGCGCUCUUCAUCGUGUUGGCUAAUGCUUGCCUGCGGGUGGGUCAUUGGCCACGUAUAUUCAAGGAGUCGCUAUCGGUUAUCGUUCCGAAGCCGAACAAGCCCUCCUAUUCUGUGCCGAAGGCCUUCAGGCCAAUCGUACUCCUCAUCACUUUCGGUAAACUUAUCGAAAAGAUGAUUGCCAACAGGAUACAGUUUGACGCCGUCAAGCAUGAUAUCUUCCAUCCUAACCAACUUGGCGGCAUCCGCCAGAGGUCAACUGAGGAUGCUGGAUUGAUUCUGACUCAUCUCGUGCGAGCGGGGUGGGUUAAGGGUCUCCAGACUAGCGCGCUGGCUUUUGACAUCGCGCAGUUCUUCCCUUCUAUCAACCAUGAGAUGUUCAUGGCUGUUCUUCGCAAGCAAGGAUUCUCGCCGGUUCUGGUGGAAUUCUUUGCCUCUUACCUUGUAGGCCGCUCCACAGUUUACUGUUGGAACGCCUUUCGAUCCGACUCGCGGUCUGCAGACGUGGGUGUCGGGCAGGGCUCUGCUCUCUCGCCUGUUAUCUCUGGGCUGUUCAUUGCGCCGGUAAUGAAGCUCUUCUAUAUCAAGGCGGCGCCACUCAACAUGACGCUACUCUCCUUUGUGGAUGAUGGGACCAUUUUGGCCCAAUCCAAGCAACUCGAUGAUAAUAAUGUGGGCCUGCGUAAGGCCUACAAAAUUGUCUACCUUCUCUUUGUUGCCUUCGCGCUCGUUCUUGAGCACGACAAGACCGAGCUGUUUCAUUUCUCGCGUCGACGAGACGCCUACAAUCCCUCGCUGGAUUUGGGGUACGCCCCACAUACCGGCACUACACCCUUGAAGCCCAAGACCUAUUGGAGGUACUUGGGCUUCUACUUCGACCGCGGGCUCACCUUCCAUGAGCACGUUCGCUACUACGCCACCAAGGCGUUCACCACCGUGCAGGCCAUGCGCAUGCUCGGGAACUCUACUAGCUUAAACAGCGCUAUAUCGGUCGGUGCGAUGAACCAGUUGAAACGGAUGCAGCGUAAAGCUGCUCUAUGGAUCACGGGUGCCUUCCGCACCUCACCUACAGGCGGUCUUGAGGCUCUAGCGGGCCUCAUUCCUGUCCAUCUUAUGCUGAAGAAGCUGGCAACGCGUGCAGUGUAUCGUGUCGCCACCCUCUCAGACACUCACCCCCUUCGCUCUAUGAUGGGCGAGGGCCUUCUCAAGCGAGCUGCACCACACGCUCGCUCUGCCGCCUUGAUGACCCCAGCCAUGCGGGGGAAAGUCAAGAGCACUGUCAUGGAAGUGGACGAGCGCGUCCACACCUUAACUGAGAGCUUCGAGCCCUUUGCGCCCGAAGCUCGUCCAGGCGACCGGUUACUGGACCGCUAUGCGGACCGUCUCCAUUUUGACGAGCGUGAUCCUGGCCAGGAUAGGCGCCCAUAUCUAGACGAGCUCAUUGCGAAAGCAAGGGCUGACCCACUAACAGUACUGGCUGCAACUGAUGGCUCUGUCCCUCAGUCCAACCAGUAUCAGGCGGCUUUGGCUGCUAUAAUCUACAAGGGACAUCGCGAGCUCGAAAGGACCCGCUAUGUCUCUGGCAGAGUUACCGCCCCAGAUGCGGAACUCAAUGCCAUUUCGUGUGCAGUGCGCCUUGCUGUCAAGCAGGCAAACUGCCAACAUAUUAUGGUCUUCACUGACUCUAUGGGCUCAGCCCAUAGAGCGGUUGACCCCGGCGUGCAUUCUGGUCAGGCUUUUAGUCUGUCAGUAUGUCGCGCUCUUCAAGAGUGGUUUGCGGCGGAUGAUCUCCGUCGCAUUACCUUCGUCUACGUCCCUUCCGCUUUGCGGUGGGAUAUCCAUGGUGAGGCACACAAGUACGUCACCGAACUCAAAGUCAGGGUUGGGCGUCACAAGACGGACAACUCUAUAGACGCGCUUCGCUCUCGAGCUGCGCACUCAGUCUUGGAUUCGUGGAGUUCCACUUUCCAAGAUCCAACCUACCGAGGCUCUGAAUUUUUAGAGCUUCAACAGCCUGACGGGCGGCCGCUACAGCCAUCGUACCUCAAUGGGGGACCUUGGCUUUCAACAUUCGGACACAGUAUUACUGAGUUCGCUCGCGUUUGCCGGUGUAUAACUGGCCAUGCGCCCAUUGGAGCGUAUUACCGUCGCUUCAAGAUCAAUGAGCCUCACGGCUGCACUUGCGGGGCUGCUUUGCAGUCCAGCCAGCAUAUCCUCUUUCGCUGUCGCGAUAGAUAUUCUGUACACUAUCCCCGCUUUCUCGGGGAUAUUGCAUCGUUUAUGAAGUACAACCCCACGGCGUUUGGCUUCAACCGGGACCCGUCGGGUGUCGGAUAA